UGCAUGGGCAGCUAUGAUGCAGCAUCCUUGGAGCAGAGAGAGUUAAGGGCCUUGGUCAGGGGGCCCAACAAUGGCAGCUUGGCAAUGCUGGGGCUUGUACCCCAACCUUCUGAGAAACAGGCUAGAGCCCUAACCAAUUAAGCCACCACUGCCCCUUAUAAUAACUAAGAUAAAAAUCAAUUGACAUCCAUUGCUGUCAUUUGUCCAUUUUUGAAUGUGGAUGUGUUGAUCAAAAAAGCAAGUGUUUUUACUUGAAAGGGGAAGAAACAGGCACAACAAAGUCUGUAAGUAAUAAAAGAGAAGUUGAAGGACCUCUAUCUCUUUUAAAGGAAGUAUCAAUGUAUUAACCCACAAGUGCUCUGUCAGUCAGUCAGUCAUUAGAGGAACAGCAUGGAGCUCAGUCCACUCUCUGUGAUGCUCUUUCUGAUUUCACUUAUACCAGUGGCACAAGCUGAAGGGAUUCAUAAAGCUGUGGUGUCCAUAAAACCUGAUACGCGGGUGUUCACUGGAGAAAAAGGUGUUACUUUCAGAUGUGAAAUAAAGGGAAUAGGAGCGCCCACUGAGUGGACAUACAGCUGGUAUAAGAAUAAUACUCUACUCCAACAUGAGGGAAAAGGCAGAGUCUAUAAUGACAUCACAAUGAAGGAGUUCAGUAUCAAGUCUGUUAAAGACUCUGACAGUGGUAUCUACACCUGCAGAGGACAGAGAAAUAACUCUCAGGACUCAGAGAUCAGUGAUGCAGUUACACUGACUGUAUCAGUGAGACCACAGCCAGUACUGAGGGUAUCUCCACAGAGCUGGCUGACUAAAGGAGACUCAGUGACUCUAAGCUGUGAGGUUACAGACUCCACUACAGACUGGACAUUCAGCUGGUACACAGUUGUUUUCAGUAGAUAUAAUCAAAGCUAUAUCAAGCUCUUGUCAGACAGCAGCAGAGGAUCUGGAGGCAAAUAUACUCUCUGUUCUGCUGCUCUAAAAGACACAGGACUUUACAGGUGCAGAGGACAGAGUGGAGAACGACCCUUUUACACAAAUUACAGCUCUCGAAAGCCACUAUGGAUCACUGGUGAAUCUUCUCCAGUCUCUCUGAUCAUCAAUCCCAGCAGAACUCAACACUUUUCUAAUGACUCUCUCUCACUGAGCUGUGAGGACCAGAGUAACUCUACUGGAUGGACAGUGAGACGAUACACACACAGUGAGAGAGUGUUAGAUUGUUCACACUGGGGAUCAGUUACAGGAUCUACAUGUAACAUCAGCUUCCUCUCCACAUCCUACACUGGAGUUUACUGGUGUGAGUCUGAAUCUGGAGAAAACAGUAAUCCUGUCCACAUCACAGUGCAUGAUGGUGAUGUGAUCCUGGAGAGUCCUGUCCAUCCUGUGACUGAGGGACAUCCUCUGACUCUACGCUGUUUAUAUCACAACCCAAACCCCUCAAACCUCCGAGCUGAUUUCUAUAAAGAUGGAUCAGUUCUCCAGAACCAGACUACAGGAGAGAUGAUCAUCCAAAAUGUCUCAAAGUCAGAUGAAGGUUUCUACCACUGUAAACACCCAGAGAGAGGAGAAUCACCCAAAAGCUGGGUUUCAGUCAGAUUGCUGAUUUCACUCAUUCCAGUGCCACCUGCUCAAGAGAUACCUAAAGCUGUGCUAUCCAUAAAGCCUGAUAAACAUGUGUACAGUGGUGAGAAUGUCACUUUCAAAUGUGACAUACAGGGAAGCAAAACUGAGUGGACCUACAUCUGGUUUAAGAAUAAUUCCAGGCUCGACACAGAAAAAAGAAGGAAAAAGGAGUUCAGCAUCAAGUCUGUUAGAGACUCUGACAGUGGUGACUACACCUGCAGAGGACCGAUAAAUAACUCUCCGAGGUCAGAGAUCAGUGAUGCUGUUACACUGACUGUAUUAUCAGGUGAAUCUCCUCCAGUCUCUCUGAUCAUCAAUCCCAACAGAACUCAGCACUUUACUAAUGACUCUCUCUCACUGAGCUGUGAGGACCAGAGUAACUCUACUGGAUGGACAGUGAGAGGAUACACACACCGUGAGAGAGUGUUAGAUUGUUCACACUGGGGAUCAGUUACAGGAUCUACAUGUAACAUCAGCUUCCUCUCCAGAAACUACACUGGAGUUUACUGGUGUGAGUCUGAAUCUGGAGAAAACAGUAAUCCUGUCAACAUCACAGUGCAUGAUGGUGAUGUGAUCCUGGAGAGUCCUGUCCAUCCUGUGACUGAGGGACAUCCUCUGACUCUACGCUGUUUAUAUCGCAAACGAAUCUCUUCAAACCUCCGAGCUGAUUUCUAUAAAGAUGGAUCAGUUCUCCAGAACCAGACUACAGGAGAGAUGAUCAUCCAAACUGUCUCAAAGUCAGAUGAAGGUUUCUACCACUGUAAACACCCAGAGAGAGGAGAGUCACCCAAAAGCUGGAUCUCAGUCAGAUUGUUUAAAAGCUUAAAUUCUGCUCUCUUCUUCUCCUCUAUCUCAGGUUCUAUAUCCAGUUCUGGAACUGUAGGAGUGGCUGUGGGACUGAGUUUGGCAUUUUUGUUCAUUUUAUUAAUCUUCCUGCUGUGGUGCUGCAAAAUAAAGAAAGAAAAGCAGCAGAAAUGCAAUCAGACGUCUGAGCGGAAUCAGAACCAGUCAGGAGCUGAAGACUCUCAGUCAGGAUACACACCAUUUCAGGCCGGAGGUGCUAAUAUUUAUGCCACUGUGGAUCAGGCAGAUACAAGUGGAACAGGUGAAGCUCUAGCUGAAACCAUUGAAGCCACUUACGCACAGGUCACACAGAAACAGAUGGCAAAGAGGAACAAUGAUGUUGAUGUUGAACUCAGUGAGGUGACUUAUGCUCAACUUGAAAUAAAAGAGAAGAAAAAGUCUAUGCAAGAAAAAGAAAAAGCGAGUGAAGGGGCUGAUACUGUAUACUCAGCACUGAAACUGAACAACAAGGUAAGACUGAUGACAUUGGCUUGUUAUUAAGCUUAAAAGUCAAACCAAACACCAUGAAGUAAGAAAUCUAGAUUAAUUCAUCAUCCAAUUUUAUCCCAUUACUGCUUCCAUGAUUUUUCCAUCUUUCUCUCAAAUCCCAGAUUCUGUCUUCCUUUUUGAUGUCAUUACAUUUUUUGUUAGAUUGUGUUUAUUCCUCCACAUUUGUCGUUAUUUAAUGUAUAAACACAAGAAAUUUAUUAACUGGAUUUUAGGCAACUUUUUCUCAAUUAUGCUUCAUAGUAUUCCUCUGAUAUUUACAUUACCUCUAACAGUAUACCAGUUAAAAUAUUUCACUCUGCACUCCUUUAAAUGUCAGAUUUAUUAAAUUGCUAGUUUAUGUUUCUGGCCUUUCAGCAGAGAAUUUAUGGAAGCAUGUCUUUACUUAAUAUUGUAAGAGUCAUCAAAUUCUACUUCCUUAAGUUACGAUUAUAUGGCCUUCUCUUAUUGUUUCACUCUGAGAGCACUAAGAGCAAAUUUCAUAUUUGAUCACAUUUCAAUUAAUGAUCAGCAGUAAUCUGAUGUUAAUGUCUAAGCUUCAUGGCACCAGAAGAGAGUCUGAGCAUGAAUUCCAGUAUAUUAAUUGAGCAAGCAGGAUUGGUUCAGUGUGAAGGGUGGGCCACAUGGGUAUUACCAGGAACAAGGUUUCUUGACCUAUAUUUAUGUGAUCUCUUU